CGCCGGUCUGUGGCCGCGCCGCUCUCCGCCUCCGCGCCUCCGGCCGCGGCCCCUGCUGUCGCCAGUAGUGCCUCAGGAGGGUCUUGGGAGCCACUACUGUGUGUCCGGCGCGACCGACGGGGAGGACGUGAAAGCCCGGGGACUGGGACGGGAGGGGAGGAGCUUCCGGGAAUCAAUCACCUGCUUUCGGUUGCGCGGAGGUGUCGGUGGACGGCACGUCGCAGCAGCGCGGUGAUUGUCCUUGUCGCGGCGGGGCUUGCUGAAAGCGGGCACGACUCAGGCGGGCUUCUUGGAGGGCGGGUGCGGUUUGGGCUGAGACCGUCCGAACGGGGGCGUCGCAGGAGAGGCCAGAGAAAGGAUGAAGUGCUGUCGUUGCUUCUGAGGGAAACCCAGGCUCCCACCGGUGACCUCUGUCCUUCAGGACUGGCUCCCCCUUUCCGUCAGACCGCGACCUCCUCGUCCCGCCCGUGUCGAGUUUCGUCUGUGUUUUCCCCGUGAGCAAUGAUUGCUGCGGCACCUUCCUCCAACGAGGGGCGCACUGGCUGCGGUCGGAUAACAGGCCUAGUUUUCCACUUGGUCAGGAAAGGGAAAGUAGGAUUUUCUAAUUGGUCAGUAAAUGUGCUUGUCCGGCCAGCCCGAUGCAGGGGCUCCUGGGUUCCACGCCCCUGGCCGGCACGGGGCGUGCAGAGCGGGGGGGGCCUUCCAGUGUGGCCGCCAGGAGCCUGCUGUUGAGGAGAAAACACACCCGUGCCCGCUGGUACCGUGGAAUCCGCAGCUGCUACUCCCAGCUCCCGCGGGGCCGGUGGGCGGUGGGGGGAGCACAAGCGAGUUGGCGCCCGGCUCGCCCGGUGAGGGUCUUCAGUCCGUGCACUUACCUGUUGGCACUGUGCAUUGCACUUUGCAAAGAGUCCCCUGAUUUCUGGGUUCCUGACCGUUUACUAAGCGUUGGGAGAGGGCAGGACCACACCCCCAUCCCGCUGACUUUCGACCUGGCCCCAGGUCCUCGAGUUGCCUUCCAGCCGCCUGAACUCUGGGGUGGGAGUUCUUGCCUCCUGUGUUCUUCUCACGGAAAGGAAAGGCCCGUUUCAGAUAGAAUGCUGCCUCCCCUGCAAGGGGCAGGGUCAGAUCCCAGCUCAGCCUCUCUCUUGCUGUGGGGCCUCUGUUUCUUUCUCUGUGCCGUGCUGAUGGGGCUGCUGCCUUCUGAAGAGGCCAGGGGAGAGUGGGUGCCUCAUCCGUUCCCUGCCUUUCGGCUUCCCCUGCUCCAGAUUUUGACAAGUUUCUUUCCGGCGGGAAGAGGCUGCAGCAGUCCAGGUAUGAGGAAACUGAGGCCCAGAGAUGGGGAGCCACUCUCCCGGGUGCGCAUGGCCGGGCUCGGUUAUGAUCCGUACAACCCCGAGCUGCCCAAGCCCCCCGUGCAGAGGGAGAAUGGAGCGCUGGGCCGGGGGGACGAGCCCCGCUCGGACAUCCUGGAACUGGAGCUGGUCAACCAGGCCAUCGAGGCCGUGCGCUCGGAGGUAGAGCUCGAGCAGCGGAGGUACCAAGAGCUCCUGGAGACGGCCCGCGAACACAGCUCCACUGAGGCCCCCGCCGUGGCGCCCCGUGGCCCUGCCACUUGCCCCACCGCCGGCCUGGACGAGGAUGCCUUCCCACUGUCCUUUGAUUACAACCCUGGUGGCCGCCGCAGCCUGUUGGGCCCUGAUGCCAGCUACCAGCCUAGUCCUCUGGCCGCUGCCACCGAGCCAGGUAGCAAGUACUCCCUGGCCUCUCUGGGUCGGGCGCAGGGCCGAGGUGGGGGGGGCGGUGGCACCCUGGAGUACGUCCCCAAGGCUGUGAGCCAGCCCCAGCGACACGGCCGCCCCGUCCCCAGCAGCAAGUACGUGCUGGACGACUCCAAGCCGUCCACGGACCUGGAGUAUGACCCACUGUCCAACUUCUCCGCCCGGCUGCUCAGCAGGGCCAGCUCCAAGGACGACAGGGCCCCCAAAAGGCCCAGGGGCUCCCGGGGCAGUGAGCCCUACACACCUGCCCUCAAGAAGCCCUGCGACCCCUUUGCCGGCUGCGAUGCCAGGUUUUCAGACUCCGAUGACGAUGCCGCCGCGACUCCGGCCGUUGUGCCUAUCACCACCAGCCCCCCGAGAGCUCAGGCGGGCCCUGAGAGCAAGGCGCCUGGGCAGUCAGGCUCCAGGGAGGGCCAGGACGCUGAGGAGGGCGGCCCGCGGGAGACCAAGGAGAUGGCGGUGCAGUAUGACGUGGAGGACCUCGGGCAGCCCCCCAAGGACCCUGGGGGGACGCCCGUGGCCAAGCCCAGCUCUCCGGCCAGGGCCUCCCAGGAGCCCAGUGGCUCCAAGCAGGGAAGACCCAAGAAGAAGAGUGGGGCAGCGGCCGUCCCCAGCCUCAAGGACGGCAUCCGGAAGAAGGACAAGGGCGGAGGCGGAGCGCGCGGGAGGCCAGCCGGGAAGCCCUGUGCAGACCGGAAGGGCCCGCAGGCUGGCAGCCCCCGGCAUAGGACCGAGCCGCCCGAAGGGACCAAGAAAAAGCCAUCUUCGGCCACCCUGGUGGCCAGCUCAGGGAAAAGCCGGCCUGACCGUGGGGGUGUCCCCCAGCUGCCGAACAGGACCGGCGGGAAGACCGCGUCGGGCAAGCUGGCGGAGCGGAAGGCCCGCUCCCUGGACGAGGGGCCCCCCCGGGACGCCCCGAAGCUGCAGAAGCGGGCCCUGAGCCACGCAGACCUCUUCGGGGAUGAGAGCGAGGAUGAGGGCCCGGGACCCGCGGCGCCCCCCGCCGCCCCGCCCCGCCUCAGCUCCACCUCCGACUCGGACUCGGACUCGGACUCCGACAGCAGCCUGGGCGGCUCGCCCGCUCGGGGCCCGCGCAAGCGCCUCAAGGCCCCCCAGCCCACCAGGCCUGCCCCUGCCUCUCCCUCCUCGUGCUCCUCGUCCUCCUCGGGGCCGGGCGGGGGUGUGGACUACUCCGCCCUGGAGAAGGAGGUCGACUUUGACUCGGACCCCAUGGAGGAGUGUCUGCGCAUCUUCAACGAGUCCACCAGCGUCAAGACGGAGGACAGGGGCCGGCUGGCCCGGCAGACCCCCAAGGAAGAGAAGACCGAAGACAAGGGGCAUUCGGGGCUGACCACUCUGUUCCCCGGGCAGAAGAGGAGGAUUUCUCAUCUCUCCAAGCCAGGCAAGGAGGCGGAGCCCGUGAGGAGAGGCCCAGCUCCCCCCGCCCGGCCUCCCACCGCCCAGGAGGUGUGCUAUCGGCGGGCCCAGCAGGCCCAGAGGGACUCCGCCAGCUGGCUGCAGGCCCCCCAGCAGCCAGCGGAGAAGCCCUCCUCCGUCCACAUCUCAGCCCCUGGCGAGAAGAGGAGGAUCGCGCACGUCCCCAACCCCCGCCUGGCUGCCGCCCCCACAGGUGCCAAGAGGGCCCUCGCCGCCAGCAGCAGCCAACCUCCCGAUGGCCCCGAGCCGGGCAGCCAGCCCCUGAAGGCGCGCACGUUGUCAGGCAUGGCGUCCAAGACCACCACCACCAUCACCCCCAAGCGCGUCGCCCACAGCCCGUCUUUACAGAGUUUAAAGAAGCCCAUUAUCCCGAAAGAGUUUGGGGGCAAAGUCCCCACGGUCAUCCGCCAACGGUAUCUCAACCUGUUCAUUGAGGAGUGCCUCAAGUUCUGCUCCUCAAACCAGGAAGCCAUAGAGAAGGCGCUGAACGAGGAGAAGGUGGCCUAUGACCGCAGCCCCAGCAAGAACAUCUACCUGAACGUGGCCGUGAACACACUGAAGAAGCUGCGGGGCCUGGUCCCCAGCUCCGCGCCCGGGCUCACCAAAACCAGUGGCCGGAGGCUUGUGUCCCAUGAGAUGGUGCUGGGGGGCAAAUUGGCCACCAAGACCAGCUUCUCGCUCAGCCGCCCGAGCAGCCCCCGAGUGGAGGACCUGAAAGGGGCCGCCCUGUAUGGCCGUCUCAAGGAGUAUCUGCUCACCGAGGACCAGCUCAAAGAGAAUGGCUACCCCUUCCCUCACCCCGAGCGGCCGGGGGGGGCCGUCCUCUUCACGGCCGAGGAGAAGAAGCCCAAGGACUCGUCCUGCCGGAUCUGCUGCCGGUGUGGCACCGAGUACCUCGUGUCUGCGUCCGGCCGCUGCGUGCGUGAGGAGGAGUGCUACUACCACUGGGGGCGGCUCCGCCGGAACCGGGUGGCCGGCGGCUGGGAGACCCAGUACACGUGCUGCUCAGCCGCCAUCGGCUCCACUGGCUGUCAGGUCGCCAAGCAACACGUGCAGGACGGCCGGAAGGAGAACCUCGAAGGCUUUGUCAAGACUUUCGAUAAAGAACUUUCGGAAGACGCUCACCCCGGGAUCUUCGCCCUCGACUGUGAAAUGUCCUACACCACGUAUGGCCUGGAGCUGACGCGCGUCACGGUAGUGGACACAGACAUGCACGUGGUGUACGACACCUUCGUCAAGCCGGACAACGAGAUCGUGGACUACAACACCAGGUUUUCAGGGGUGACGGCGGCCGACCUCGCCGACACGAGCAUCUCGCUCCGGGACGUCCAGGCCGUCCUGCUGAGCAUGUUCAGUGCCGACACCGUUCUCAUCGGACACAGCCUGGAGAGCGACCUGCUGGCCUUGAAGGUCAUCCACAGCACUGUGGUGGACACGUCCGUGCUCUUCCCGCACCGCCUGGGCCUCCCGUACAAGCGCUCCCUGCGGAACCUCAUGGCCGACUACCUCAGACAGAUCAUCCAGGACAAUGUGGAUGGGCACAGCUCCAGCGAGGACGCCAGCGCCUGCAUGCACCUGGUCAUCUGGAAGAUCCGAGAAGACGCCAAGACCAAGCGGUGACCGCUGCCGCCCUCCCGCCUUCCCCGCGGCCCCGGCCCGGCCCGGCCUCUGCCCCAGCCUCUUCCAAAACAGUGCAAUAAAUCUCGAGAGCUAACCCUGUCCACGUCGCCAAGACAUGGCAACAGAGAGAGCGGGACGAGCCGGCGGCACGAGAGCCCCGCACGGAGACCACCUGGAGCCCUGCCCCCCACCCGGCCCCCUGCGCCGCCCCUGCCUUCUGUCCUCUGAGACUGCUGCUGACUCCCCGAGGAGGCCGGACAGACGUUCCCCGCUCCCCCCGGCCCCCGAGCCUGCUGCGUCCCUGGCAGCCAGGCCUCCUGGCUCUCCGGCCGGGCAGGCUUUUCGUGGGUGUGUUUGAGACAGGGGUUUUUUUAUUUUGUAUUGUUAUUUUUAUUAUUUGUAACUUAAACCUGGCGACUCGCACAGUUGUCUUUUCCCUACCCGGAGAAGCAAGACCCUGGUGCUGCCUUCCCUGUUGGGGGAGGGGGAGAAGUUGGGGGGCCGGGGGUCAACAAGCUGGCACUUGGGCAGCCACCAGGACCAAGAGUCCAGCCUGGCCUGGGCCGGACGGGUGGGAACUGGACUCCAUGACCUCUGGGAACCAAGCCAGCCCCCACCCCCCGCCACUCCCCUCCCCAGGGCCUUGCCUUCCGGGCCCCUUCAGGGCGCCUCAGCCUCUGGACCCUGUCUUCCGGCCGAAGCCUCCCCCUCCCCGGGGGCUGUCUGUAAAGGCCUGCAGCCUCCCCAGCCCUUCUUCCCCAACCCGAGGCAGGGACAGAAUAAAUGUUUGUAUGGAUUUUA